GCGGCGGCGGGCGCGGAGCACACGGCGGCGGCGGCGCGGGGUCCGCACCAUGGGCGGCGGCUGCUGGCGGCUGCUGGGCGUCGUGUGCCCGCUGCUCCUGCACCUCGGUCCUGCCCUCACUGGCACCAGCGUGUCCCCUCCACUCUCCCGCUCCUCCGAGCGCCGAGGGAGCAUGCGGAGCACGGCGUACCCAGUGACAUCUCUGCUCUGAAGAGAGAUGGGGAGCCUGGGAUUAACCUGGUCCGGCUGCACGGACGGUGAAGAACAGGGGCCACCAAACCCCGGGUGGAUUUUAGGUUCAGAGGCCGCGAGCCAGGAGCCCGUCAGCAUGGCGGGACAGUGCGACACCAUCUACAAGGGCUUCGCCGACUGCCUCCUCAGCCUGGGGGAGAGCAUGGCCCAGAGCGUCCGGCAGCAGCAGCAGCAGGAGGGCGGCGACGAAGCGCAGGAGCUGGAGGCCAUCUGCAAGUCCUGGGAUGACUUCCACACCUGCGCCAGCGAGGUGCUGUCGCGAUGCCCCGUGGAAGCGGCCACCGUGUGGGAGUCGCUGCGCCAGGAGUCCCGCAAGAUCCAGUUCCAGGGGAACCUGCAGGAGCUGUGCAGCGCCCGGGGCCGCCUGGCCAGCGCCCAGAGCUCGCCGGCCUCUGAGACCAACCGGGCCACGCUGCGGGGCUCGGCCAGCGCCCCGCACCCGCACCCGCUGGCCCCGCUGGCCCUGCUGGCCCCGCUGGCCCCGCUGGCCCUGCCGCUGCUCCUGCCCCGGCUCUAGCCCUGCUCGCCCGCGCCGUGCCCAGGUGAUGCCGGCUCGGUUUCCCGGCUCUGGCCGCUCCCCGCCAUGCCCACCUCCCUCCCGGGCAUCCCUCGCGGGGCACGGUCCUCUCCUGCAGCACUUCAGAUGGAUUUAUAUUUAUAUUAAAAGACACUUUUACAUUU